CGUGACUUCCACCAUCGCCCAUUAUAUUUUUUUCCCAGUGCCAUGGUAUCGAUUAUCUGAAGCUCGCUGUCUCCAAAUUAGACGGAUAUCUGAACGAUGGAUAUGGAUUCGGGACCUAAGGGCACCGACAUGCCUGGCGGCGACUCGUUUCAGGACGUGACGAAUGUCUUCCUCAAUGCUGCAGCCGAGAUGGAAUCUGGUAGCCUGGUCAUGAUGGACGGAUUCUCACUUCUGGAUGCUAUGAGCGCGUUAGAGAUUGGUGAGCCUCGUUUGGAUAGCGGGAUGAUUCUAGAGAAGAACCAAAGGCCACCAUUUGAUCCUCUAAUGCCCUUGUUACCGGAAGAAGUUUGUUGGAUAAUUGAUAGGUCGUUUUCCUAUGAGAUGGAAUGGCACGCGGGAAAUCUUCUUUCCAAUACCGUCUUCACCUUCGUUUAUGUCCACGAGCUAGGCGCUAUAGAUCCGGAUAUGAUCCCCUACCAGUUACCUUUCGCUGGAGACCCCGAACGACCAGUGGAGCUAGUCUCGAUCGUUCUUAGGACCUUCAUUUUUGGCUAUCUGAAGUGUUGUGGUCUUUCAUGGGAUUGCCUCAAUAGAGGGAUUCUCCAGGACAUAGAGGACUGGCAGGGGGAUAAAUGCGACGUCUCAUUGUUAGAAGGAUACCCCGUCAAGUCUGUGCUGGCCAGGCUUGAUGAGGCAUCAAACUGGCUACUGCAUACAAUGAAGAUACCGCCGCUUUGGAGAGACGGGUUACGAGUCCGCCUUGACCUACGAAAAAUUAUUCUUCGUCUCAUGAACUGCAACAUAUUUGACGACCCCGGGUCAUUCAUGGACCUGCUACAACGAGCAUAUGAGCUCUUGGAUAUUGUACGGGCCCAUCCUGCACCUAUGCCACAAGACGAUUCUCCAGCGCACUUGGCCUUCGACCCAUUCAUAGCCCGUCGUCUCACAACAUUCAUACCAAUUCGUGAAAUCGACGUUCCUUCCACGACACAAACCUGGGAUGCAUUAGAAAAGCUUCUGGAUGGCUGGCGUGAGAUGCUGUCACUAUCUCUAACCAAAUAUAUAACGACCUGGGAGAUUGUAGGAAAUUUGCGGCGGUGGCAGUUAAUUCGGAAUCCUGCCUAUAUACGCUCUCGCAUACAGAGUUGUUUUUACGAUGGUCUGCUGGUACUCAAUAGAUUUAACUUGUCCUGGCUUACUCAGUCCUUCUUGACUGAGACCUUGGGGGUAAAUUACGAACGGAUAGUCAAGGUUAUUCAGGAUGGCUGGAAGGAUGUUACAUCUCCGCCACUGUCUCAGAUGGAACGGUCUUUAGCUAAACUCCUCAACACGCAUAUCACCGGAAAUUGGUUGAACGCGCCACGGCGGAGACGACAGCUAAUGAACUUGACUUUUGACUGGCAUGCUCUAUAUGAUCUGUUCGUUAACCUGGCCUGUCAUUUCUCUAACGACACUUCUCCUGUUUAUGAUGUCGUGAAGCAGCUACCUAAUGCCGCUCUUCUCUGGAGGCUCUCGACAAUUAGAGAGAUAAUAUUGUCGGGUUUCCAGCUGGAGCUCUACUCUCAGGAGGAGAGACCAUUCGCGUAUUGGUACACGUCUCAGGUCAUCGAACGACAUCUCUGUUGCUUAGAUGAGAUCCUUCCUGUUGUUCCGCUGGAUUCUAAUGCCUACGGGGAGCUUCGAUUCCAGAAGCAGUUCCUGACAGCAAUACAGAUAAUGAGUAUAGCAAUGUUUUCCGUCAUGGCAGCAUUGCUACCGUUUGACUGGCAACGCAUGAAGCCAAAUUUUAUUCGUCGAUACAAGUGGGCGUGGCGCCCUCAAUACAAAGAUGUCUGCACACACCCUGUGGGACAUCCUCAGUUGUAUAAAUUUCUCCCCUCGACGCAGGAAAUCUCCGAGGACAAAUUUUACUCCCCAUCGGAGUCCUUUGGUUUCGCGCGCGUUCUCAUUAGCCAAUUGCUUGAACCGACUUUUCGUAAUGAUUGGGCUGGCGAGUGGCGAGACGAGCGAGCAAAGUUUCUCCAAGUCUUGGUGACGACUUGCGACAACCUCGCAGGACUGCCCUGCUCUAUGCGAGACGCCGCGUCAUUUGAUCUCAAGACCCUGCAUUGGGAUCCCCAACAGAACCAUUGGUUCCCUAGACUUCUUCCCACUCUCCCCCACGCGGGCUUGUAGUUGCUUUUCAGGACUCACGCUGAUCAUUCAUUAACCUAGUCAGCAAUUAAUUGAUAUCUCUUGAACUUUACUUUCUUGAACCGGUGGGGAAUAAAGUAAGGUUCAAGAAAUAUCAGUCAAUCUCGUAAUUAGAUAAAUCAGCGGUCAGUUCUGAAGCUGAUAGUGGCUGGAGGAGGACGAUAUUUAUUCUCGCUGAUGUCCCUGAGAAAGAAGCUCACCAGCUCCGGAAAAGAGGUCGAGUCGUUCAGGGUAGAUGCCCAAGCUGUUGUGUGUGUUUUUUUUUUAAUAUUGCUGUAUGGUAUUUGUAGAUAAUGAUCGAUGAAAACAUAUGCGGUCUCGACUC